AUCAGUCUGCUUAAACAUAUUGCAAGUUAAUAACAUUACAUUAAACUACAGUGAAGAAAGAAAAAUUACAAAACAUUUAAAAUGAAAUUCAUUGUUUUGGCAUUGUUUGUUCUCUUAGCUAUCGCUUAUGUUGCGGCUAUUCCAGUUGAUGAAUCUGUCAUUGGAGAUUCCGUCGACAACUUCCACCCAACCGAAGACCAGGAAAUCCUCAAGAAAUUAUUGUUGAAGAAACUUCUUCUCAAGAAAAAACUUAAGUUGCUUGGUUAAAUUUCUGCUUCUACUUUAGUGCACAAUUCAACAUCAUCCCACACUUUUAAAAAAGUGCAAGUUCAACAGUAUUAAGCCAAAAUUUUCUUUAAUUUUAUUAUUUAAUGAGAUGAAAAAAACCUUCAAUGUUAAAACUUUCCAAAAGAAAAACUUAAACUAUAAGAAAAAAAUAUAAAAGAAAGAAUAAAAAAACUAUUUCUUAAAAAAAAAUUAAA